GCACAAAGGCCUGCAGGAAGAAAGGACAGCAUGGACCAUAGCACCGGAUGCAAGUGGAUGGCUUUCUUUGGCCUGAGAGGAUAUACAGAACAUUUCCUGUAGAAUAUCCUUCAGACAAUUGCUUCUGCUGCUCUGUGUUUCUUGUGGGGUGACUACACAAACCCCAGACUUACAGACGAACAUUAAGAAGGGAAAGAAGAGGAACAGAAUGGCAUGUGCUCCAUUUCUACUUUUCAUUUCUGUUUUCUCCUUAGCUUUUAUGCAUGGGGGUCAUGGCAGUGUACAGAAUGAAGUGCUUUGUGUCAGCAAGGCCUGCUAUACAGUCCACCUGGAGAAAAACAGCUUUGCGAAUGCAAAGGAAAAAUGUAUUACCAACGGAGGAAACCUGAUAACCAUAAAAAACCAGGAGGAAGCCAACCAUGUUAACAGUUUGCUUUCAAAACUGACCAGUGGCGCUCCAGAUCAUGGGCCAUUAAAGCUUUGGAUAGGCCUUCAGCUGAAGAGCUGCACCACUGAUCUGAAUCUACUGAAAGGAUUUGCUUGGGUUACAGGGCAAGAAGACACAGACAAAAGCCAGUUCUCUAACUGGAAGCAGAAGCCUAAAGGGACUUGCACCUCCACUAGAUGUGUGACCAUGGCACUGAACCCUUCAUUGCCAGAUAAUUAUAAAUGGUCAGAUGGAAAGUGCUCUGGCCAAGCAGAUGGGUAUCUCUGUGAAUUCCAUUUUAUAGGCAUGUGCAAGAGGCUAGCCAUGGCGGGCCCAGGGGUUGUGCAUUACCACACACCUUUUGAUAUUGUAAGCAGCUCACUGGAACUUGUACCCCAUGGCUCCAUGGCUUUGGUGACUUGCCAACAAGGUUUAUUGCAAGAUGCAAAUCUGAUUUGUAGACAGCUGGAUAAUGUUGAGAAUGUCUUCUACUGGAACCAAAGCCCAGCGGGAUCAAGGUCACCAGAGCCCAUGUGUGCAUCCCCAGAUAUUGGCUGUAAGUAUAACAAUGGAGGUUGUGAACAGGAAUGUAUUGAGGAUUCCUCGGAGACUGGUUCUAUCAGAUGUGCUUGCAAGGGGGGCUAUGUGCUGGCAUCAGAUUCACUCUCCUGUGUUUUAUCACAACACUGCCAGCCCAAUCCUUGUGACUACCAGUGCAUAAACCAACUCAAUGGCUUCCAGUGCUCGUGCCCUGAGGGCUUUGUACUGCACGUCAACAAAGUCAAUUGUACUGAUGUGGAUGAAUGCCUGGCGCAGCCUUGUAAUCAGUCUUGUGCCAACACCCUGGGCAGCUUCCAGUGCUCUUGCCAGAAAGGCUUCAAGGCACAGGGAGAAAAGUGCAUAGACAUUGAUGAAUGCAUUGACUCCCCUUGUGCCCAGGAUUGUCUAAACACACACGGCUCCUACCACUGCUCCUGUAAGGAAGGAUAUGUUAAGGGGGGAGAUGGGAUAUCAUGUGUGGAUGUGGAUGAGUGCAUUUCUUCCCCGUGUGAGGUUUUGUGUCAUAACAUCCCAGGCGGAUACACAUGUUCUUGCCUAAAGGGCUUCCACUUGGCAUCUAAUGGCAUCUCUUGCAGCCCAGACUUACAGAGUGAAAAUCCUACUGAUAAUGACACUGAUGGAGGAGUAAUAGUAAGCAGUGUGCCCAAGGGAGAACCCCGUCCCACACAAAGUCCGCUGCCCUCAGACUCUUUAACUGAUUUCCCCGGCAUAAGUGGCUCUAACGACACUAAUGAUGGCACGGCUGUCACUUCUGUGUCCCUUGAGGUCGGCCAUUCAUCGGAUAACAGCUCGGUGGAUCAUAUCAAAAGCGGCACAAUGGGGGAGCAAAGGCUGAUUAUUUUGGUGAGCACAGUUUGUGCCUGUGGCGCUUUGCUGGUCCUGGCUGUGAUUGCCGGAGUUUACUAUUACAGAAAUAAACAAUCACAGAAAACAAAAUAUGAAGCCCCCAUAGCACCAGAUAAUGACAGCUGGGCCCCCGAGCAGUCUCAAUACAAAGCCGUGAGCAAUCAGUACAGGUGAUGCCUGACCCACCAGAGACACUGACUGAAUUGUACAUGAGCGUUCCCAAUUAAUCCUUAUAUACUCUAUCCACUCUCAUGCACACACUGCUAACCUCCCUGCCAUUCUCUACCUUAGGGCACAAUUGCUCUUCUCUUAUUAACAAACCUCUGUGCAUGACUGCUCUGCGCAUUACAAUGUCAGCCCAAAACAUACUGUAUUUUCCCAAUAACAGAACAGAAUUCUUAGCAACUCUUCAAUGUACAUUCAUUACAAAUGUUCUAUGGUUUGUAAGUUAUUUGUAUUGCUAUGGAAAGCAGUGUCUCUCCCUUUCUAUUCUCUGCACUGGCGGUUCAGACUGAUGAUACAAUGCAGGACAAGACAGCUGAAUAACAUACUUGCCUGUGCUGCUGGGGACCUCAGACAUUGUAACAAGCAGGAGUUAAGCAAAUAUUGAUUUCAAUAGCAAUUGUUUUUACAAAUAACUUUAAAAGCACUGAACAUUUCUAAUAAAUAGAUAUUGGAACGUUGCUUAGAAUGAUAUUUUCUUUAUUGGUCGCAUUUUUAUUUUGGGUUUGACUUGGCCUUUACUAAGGGAUAAUCUGAAAUCUUGCAAAAUAUAUGAGUUAUUUAAAUGUUACUGAUCUAAACAUAUUUUCGUUUUUAAAAUAAUUUUUUUUUUUGCAAAUUAGAAAUUGUGCUCAGGUAUAGGGUCUGUUAUCUGGAAAACAAAAGUUUGAGCCCAACAAACAUCUUACCUUGCAGUUACUAACAUUAAAAACUAUCCUUUCUGGAGAAUUGGUAUCUGGGUAAUACCUGCUAAAUCUGUAUGUGUUUGAUGCAACAAUUUCCAACUGAUUUAACGCCAGCAUUUGCUGAGCAACAUUUCCCAGCAUCCUCUGUCCAGCUGUUAUUUCAGGGAGCAACAAUGCUGUCAAUGAAAGUCAAUGUACAAUGUAGAUAAUGUAUCUUAGGCAAUUUGCAAUUUGUCUGUUUUAUAUGUAGUAAGGUUUCUGUAGCUCUCUAGUUUAGCAUUAAACAUUGUCUCCUGUUGCUAGGGGCCCUCUUACCCUAGCAACUGACAGUGGGUGGCCUGCCACACGGGUAUAUAAAUAGAAGGAGGCCUAAAAGAAAAGUAAUUGCUAAAAAAAAGAAUAAUACAAAUUUAACCUCAAAAUGAUUUUGCUUUCUGGUACCAUAGUUUUUUUUUUUUUAAUUUAAUUUACAAUAUGAUGGGUGGGAAUAUCUGCAGCACAAACAGAGAUGCGGGAAUAAUGAGGAUAUGGAGUGAACAAAGGACUAUGGGAAACGCUAGAAUAAUUUGUAUACUUUGCCAAUGAUACUCUAUGCAGUAAUGAUUCAUGUUAGUAGAGAUGUGAGAUCCCCAUCCCCAUAUGGUUAUACCAAAUAAACUUGGUCAAUUUGAAGCCUA